AGGGUGGGCGAAGAUCGACGUUAUUGCGAUUCUUUUCCCUUUGCUGUUGCUCAACGUGCUGUUGUCGCAGUUUCGUGGUUCACGCUGCGUACAUACAAAAGGGCGUCGUCUCACAUAACCUCGGUAAAUAAACACAACAUAGGUGCCCAUAAGGCGGAAACGCUUCCCUGCCUCUGUUUUUAGUCAUGCGCCAGUGUGGACGAGGCAUCCGCGCGCUGGCGCAUAUCUGUGGUGUGGCGGUGUCAGGGGCAGCUCCGACCGUCACCGUCACCACCACCACCGUGCGAACACGGAUGUACGCCACCUCGACUCCUGUUUCCGGCGACAGCAACAGCAGCGCAGCGAGCCCUGCCACCGACGCACAGAUGCAACGCGACAUCUUCAACAGGGCGAUGACGUCCGGCGAUGCGACGGACGGCUUUACGGAGGAACGCCACGUCACGCCCGGCAGCUCUGAUGAAGAUGUCUUUGGCCACAAAGACCCGCUCAUGGCGGUGGAGCAGACAGUGCAGGAGGCAAGCACAAAGGCCGCACAACAGACGUCGCAGGUGGCGAGGGAGGUGAAGGGGGAGUCUACCACCUCGCGCGGAAAGGCGAAGGACGACUUGGCGAAUGAGAUUGAUCAGGUGGUGAGUUCACGCAACCGUCGCCGCAACCGCCGCAAGCGCUCGAUGGACGCGAUCCUCGGCGACGUCCUGCACGACGCGCUGCUCAUGCGCGACAUGGGCGAGAAGCCAACGUCCGACUUUGUGUACAAGCGUACGCAGGAGCGCGUCUACGAGGAGGAGUACGGGAGGAAGCCGCCAUCGGCGAAGGAGACGGCGUCGCAGUGCGUGCCUUUUCCCCCGGACUUCCACAUGCAUCGUUUGCUGCCCCUCUUUGGCGAUGUCACCGCCGCUGCGGAUGGCGCCGAGCCCGUCGUGUCAGAGGCGAAGACAGACGCGGCGGACACGGCGCAGCGCCCCGCCACGCAGGCACCCAUCUACACAAAAAACCACAUGAAUGUCCACACGCUGGUGCCACCCGAUCCAUGGCCGGAGCGGUCCGUCACACCCGCGAAUCCGGUCUGGACGCGGCGUGAUCUCGAGGAGGACAAAAACAAGACGGGUGGAAAGGGUUUGAAGGAGUGGGAGGAGCGGAUGUUUGCGCCGCGGCCUCAUUACGACCUCCCCGGGGAGUUCCUCGACGCCAUGGAUGAAUUGGCAUACUGGGAGCGACGCUUUCUGGUUUUUCUGCGGGCGGUCCCUAUCAGCCAACGCCGCAGCCUGCCGUUUUUGCACGAGUGGUACCGUUUGCUGGUGCACCGCGUGGUGCGUGCGGAGCGCCGUUACAUCCGCGUCCGCGAUGCGCUGCUCUCAAAGUCGAAGGCGUCCGCGGCGGUGUUUGCGCAGACGGAGAAGGUUAUCGACGACGUACGCAGCUACUAUGCGGAGACGCACCGCUCGCUUGCCAGUCCCAACUACGAUCCUCUGCGGAUGAAGAAGUCGGUGUUGGCGCCGGUCUUGCGCAUGACGGAUGCGGAGUUUGAAGAGUGGCAGGAGGAACAGCGACAAAGACGUAAUGCUCUGGUGGCUGAGCUUUCAUAA